AUGGGCACUUUAUAUGAGAAUAAUAACAUGUCGAACAAUGAUGAUAAUAAGUAUGAUCGAUCAGCUAAAUCUUUUCCGACAGAGGACAAUCAUGCUUCGAAAACAUCAUUAAUCUUUUCACUUAAUGAAGAAGUCGGUGCUUUAGCUAAAGCAUUACAAGUGUUCGAUAAACAUGGUAUCAAUUUACUUCAUAUUGAAUCACGAUUAUCUCGUCAAAAUAAGACUGAUCAUGAAUUUUAUGUUGUAUGUGAUAAUACUAGAGGUUCUGUAGCUGAUGCUAUUAAACAAUUACGUGAAGAAUCGAAAUAUCUUCAUGUACUUUCACAAGAUCAUAAAAUAGUGGAUGAAUCAACACCUUGGUUUCCACGAAAAAUGCGUGAUCUUGAUCAAUUUGCAAAUCGUGUUCUUUCAUAUGGAGCUGAACUUGAUUGUGAUCAUCCUGGUUUUCGUGAUAUACUCUAUCGAAAACGUCGAAAAGAAUUUGCUGAUAUUGCUAGUCAAUAUCGUCAUGGUCAACCAAUACCACGGUUUACUUAUAAUGAACAAGAAAUUGCAACAUGGUCAACUGUUUAUCGUGAAUUAACACAACUUUAUCCAACACAUGCAUGUAAAGAAUUUAAUAAUGUAUUUCCAUUACUUAUUGAUAAUUGUGGUUAUAAUGAAACAAAUAUUCCACAAUUAGAAGAUGUUUCACAAUUUCUUCAAGAUUCUUCUGGUUUUCGACUUCGACCAGUUGCUGGUCUUUUAUCAUCACGUGAUUUUCUAGCUGGUUUAGCUUUUCGUGUAUUUCAUUCAACUCAAUACAUUCGACAUCAUAGUGUACCUAUGUAUACACCUGAACCUGAUGUUUGCCAUGAAUUACUUGGUCAUGUACCACUUUUUGCUGAUCCAGAUUUUGCAGAAUUUAGUCAAGAAAUUGGCAUGGCUAGUUUAGGCGCACCUGACGAAUAUAUUACUCGCUUAGCGACAUUGUAUUGGUUUACUGUUGAAUUUGGUCUAUGUAUGGAAAAUAAUAACAAAAAAGCUUAUGGAGCUGGACUUUUAUCAUCAUUUGGUGAAUUACGAUAUUGUUUAACGGAUACGCCAGCAGUAAUACCAUUUGAUCCAUUUCGUGCUGCUCUUGAAUCUUAUCCAAUUACAAAUUAUCAACCAACUUAUUUCCUGGCUGAAAGUUUUAAAGAUGCCAAAGAAAAAUUACGUCAAUAUGCAAUGACUAUUCCACGAACAUUUAUCACUCGUUAUAAUCCAUAUACACAAACCAUAGAAGUAGUCGAUGGUAAUGAUCAAAUUGUCAAUAUGGUUCGAACGCUAAGAAAUGAUAUGGAUAUUAUCGUUGAUGCACUUCAGAAGACGGGAUUAACACGACGUUAA